AUGGCAAGAACCCGAGGAGCUAAGUCCUCCUCCCCGUCAAGCCGUACGAGGGUUUCAUCAAAGACCCCUGUCCAAGGCUCCACAUCUGAGCCUCCGCGACCACCGUGCGUCCCACCUCCAGUUGAGGGCGCACCAAUGAGCCCUCCGGUCAGGCGCUAUCAUACACGGGCGAGUAGCCAGCCACCCAAGAAGAAAGCUAAGGUAUCUGAGCCAACGUUAAUCGAUUUAUCAGAGCCAGAAGAGCCAGCUAUCGAGUCUCCGCCGUCUCCGCCGUCUCGGCCUUCUCGGCCGUCUCGGCCUUCUCAGCCAGCUUUAGAGUCUCGGCCUUCUCGGCCAUCUCAGCCGUCUCAGCCAGCUUUAGAGUCUCCGCCAUCUCGGCCAGCUUCAGGGUCUCGGCCUUCUCAGCCGUCUCGGCCAUCUCAGCCGUCUCAGCCAGCUUCAGAGCCUCAGUCGUCUCAGCCACCGCCUUCAGAUUCUCAGAUCCCCUCCGGCAUGACUCCUGAGAUGAUUAUCAAGCGCCCCAUGCUCACUCAGCCGCCCAUAGAGGGUAAUUUAGAUUGCAGGGCUAGGCCUUUCCACUCUGAGCUCUAUUUUGACGUGGCCACUUUCAGACUUCAGCCCCAGCUCAGGGACUCCUUCCAUCUGCUCCGGAGGUAUCAUAUGGAACAAUUGCUUACUCCAAGGGAUUUCUUUUAUCCCCGUGUGGCAAUGGAUUUUUACCAAUCCAUGACCACACACCAUGUCCGCGAUCCUACUGUCAUCCACUUCACCAUAGACGGACGUCAUGGUAUUCUGGGAGCUAGGCACAUAGCAGAGGCAUUGCGCAUUCCCUACGAGCCAGCUAGGCCAGAGGAUUAUCGAGUCUAG